AUGGCUGGAUUCAUCAUGACACUCGACUCGGACGACGAGGGACCCGCCCGCUCGCCGUCGCCGUCCCCGCCGCCCCCCUCGACCCGCAAGGCCUCGUCGAAGAACGACGCCGCGACCGCCGCAAAGGGCAAGAAGGGGAAGGCUGCGAAGGGUGCAAAGGCCAAGGGGAAGGGCAAGAAGCUGCUCGACACGGUCGUCGACGCCGACGACGACGAGGACACGCCCGUUGACAGUCCUCGAGGCGGUGCAGCGGACGAGGAAGUCAGGAUGGACAAGGGAUUCGUGUUUGACGGGCUCGGCGGAGGCUUCAUCGGACGGGAGAGAAACAGUGUCUGGGACUCGGGCGAGGCGUACAUCCAGAAGCGGCCUAACGCUAUGCCCCGGUUGUCGGUCGACGAAAUCAUUGCCCGCCGCGCCGCAAUCAAGUCCGCCGAGGCUCUCUUCGAGGAGUCGGACAGCAAUGAAGGUGGCAGCGACGAGGAGCUGGAUUAUGAAGAGCUCGAGAAGGAGAUGAUGCGCGAUUUGGAGAAUGGCGACCUGGAUUUCGAGGGUCUCGAUGAUGAGUCGGACGAUGCGGAAGACGACGAGGAUGAGGAUGACGAUGAGGAGGAGUCGGACGUCGAGGAGAAGGAGGACGCGCCGGCGAAGAAGGCGGCUGCGAGGAAGGACGCAGGGCCUCAGAUCGUUGGAGGAGGCGACGAGGCCGACGAGGAAGACUGGCUCGGAUUGGAGGAGAAGAAGAGCGACGCAGGCAGUGACGCCGAGGAGAAGGACGGCGAGGACGCAGAGCUUAACGGGUCAAGCGGCUUCGCUGCUCUCGCCGACGUCGACAUGUCGGACGCCGAGGACGAUGAAGACGACAACUCGGCAUCUGACGAGGACGCGUCGCCCGCCGACCGCCAAUCCCGCGCCGACGCUGCCGCCGCUAAAGCCUUCUUCACCUCGCACGAGAACUCGACUACCCUUUCCCGCAAGCCUCUCUCCUUCACAACCCUCCCGAACUGCACUCUCUCCCGUCAGCUUCUCCUCGCCCUCGGUUCGCUCAACCUCUCUACCCCGACGCCCAUCCAGGCGGAAUGCAUCCCGCUCGCCAUGCUCGGCAAGGACAUCGUCGCUUCCUCCGCUACGGGUUCCGGAAAGACCGUUGCGUUCUGGGUCGGAGUGCUCGAGCGCCUGUUGCACCGCGACAGGAAGAACCCGAUGACCCGCGUUAUCGUCAUGUGCCCGACUCGCGAGUUGGCGGUCCAGGUUCACGGUGUCGGAAUGGCGCUCGCGCGGUACACGGACGUCUCGUUCUGUCUUUGCGUCGGCGGUCUCUCGCUCAAGGUGCAGGAAGCCGAGCUCAAGCAGGGCCCCGACGUCGUCGUCUCGACGCCCGGCCGUCUCAUCGACCAUGUCCGGAACACGCCUUGCUUCUCGAUGGAUGGCGUCGAGGUGCUCGUACUCGACGAGGCGGACAGGAUGCUCGAAGAGGGUUUCCGUGACGAGCUCGAGGAAAUCAUCUCGGCCGCUCCUCGCUCUCGCCAGACUCUCCUCUUCUCCGCUACCGUCACCGAGUCAAUCCAGCAGCUCACGAGGCUCUCGAUGAACAAGCCUGUCAGGGUCAAGAUUGACGAGAUGGGCGCUGCGGCGAAGGGGCUGGACCAGGAGUUCUUGCGCGUCCGUGGCGACAAGGCGGGCGAGUCGAUCGAGCUCAACUCGCGCUCGGGUGAACGCCACCGCGAGGCCCUUCUCGUCUCGCUCUGCACGCGCUCUUUCAGCUCCGGCCGCACCAUCAUUUUCUUCCGCUCCAAGGCCCAGGCGCAUCGGAUGAAGAUCCUCUUCUCGCUGUUUGGCAAGGGGCUCGAGAAGAGCGACGAGCUGCACGGUGACCUGACGCAAGAGCAGCGGUUGCGCAGUCUGAAGCGAUUCAGGGACGGAGAGGCGCGGUUCUUGCUUGCUACGGACUUGGCGUCUCGUGGUCUCGACAUCAAGGGUAUCGAGAACGUUAUCAACUACGAGAUGCCCAAGUCAAUUGAGAUCUACCUGCACCGUGUCGGUCGUACCGCUCGUGCUGGUCAGAAGGGCCGUGCUCUCACGCUUGUCGGCGAGUCGGACCGGAAACUCGUCAAGCUCGCGAUGAAGCACGCCCCGCCCGAGUCGAUCAAGCAGCGUACCAUUCCUGGCGUUGUCGUCGCGGUUGUCUCAAAGCAGCUCAGGGCGCUCGAGCCGGAUGUGCGGGACGUGAUGCAGGAAGAGAAGGAGGAGAAGGAGAUUCGUCGCGGCAACAUGGACUUGCAAAAAGCGCAGAACAUGCUCGAGCACGAGGACGAGAUCAAGUCUCGCCCGGCACGAACAUGGUUCCAGUCGACCUCGGAGAAAAACGCUGCGAAGAACCUGGGAAAGGCGGAGCACAACUCGAAGUUCCAGGAGAAGACGAAGAAGCGUGCGUUCGACGAGGAGGACGAGCCGCUGUCCAAGGCUCCCAAGCGGACACCCUUCUCCGGGCUCUCGCGACGAGAGAAGCGCCGCAAGAUGGCGAUGCGGGAAGACGAGGAGGAUCGCGCUUCCGGCGCGCAACGGGAGAUUGGCUCGUCCAUCCGAGCGGCCAAGAAGGCAGCUCUUCCCGGCAAGAUUCACGCCGCGCGGCCGGAGCGGACACCUGGGCAGGGCGAGGGCAAGAAGAAGAAGAAGGGCGGCAAGAAGAGCGUGUUCGACCGGGAGAUGGGCGUUGCGGACGGCGGGGCGGCGUCGGACAAGCGGCCUGGCAAGAGGGAGCGGGAUAUGAUGAAGGGCGGUGGCGGAGCGAAGCACUCGCUGGGCAGGAUGGGUCCCAAGCCGAAGAAGCGGUGA